UUUUAGUUUUGAAGUAGGUCGUCGAGGAAAUCCCGGAAAUAUAAAUAAACUGCUUUUCGUGGACUUUGUAGGACAUUUUCGGGAUGGCCGCCGCGCCUCACUGCUCACUCCAUAUGAGGUCGACGGAUCUCAUCAAAAAGGAACCCCUGGAUUACGGAGGUUUUGGAGAAGUUUACUUGUGCUAUCAUGUGACACUUGGCCAAGUGGUGUUAAAAACCAUGUACACAGGACCUCUGCGCAACGAGGAGAGUAAAAGAUCACUAUUGGAGGAGGGAAUGAUCAUGGCGAGUCUGAACCAUGAGCGAGUGGUCAAGUUGCUGGGUGUGAUUAUGGAGGAAAAAGAUUGCUCUCUUGUCAUGGAACUCAUCCCCAGAGGCAACCUACUGGUCAUGCUGGAGACGGUCAAAGUGCCAGUAUCUAUCAAGGGAAGAAUCAUUUUAGAGAUUUUGGAAGGAAUGAUAUACCUCACAGAAAAGAAUGUCGUACACAAGGAUAUCAAGCCAGAAAACAUUUUAGUGGACAAGGAUUUUCACAUCAAGAUUGCAGAUCUUGGUCUGGCCACCUGCCAAACGUGGAGUAAACUUACCAAGGAGGAGUCUCGCAGGAAGAGCCGUAUGAGGCAGUCGAGUGGGGUGAGAGGUGCCGGCACACUGAGCUACAUGGCCCCAGAGCAUCUGGAGAGUAUACAUAAUCCUUCCACUGAGAAGUCUGACGUAUACAGUUUUGCAAUCGUGGUUUGGGUCAUUCUCACAGGAAAAGAACCAUAUUCAAAUGCCAGGAGUGAAGACCAAAUCAGCCAGUGUGUUCGUAACGGUGACCGACCGGCAGAGACUCUUAUUCCAAGAGACACGCCUUCUGAAAUAAUUCAGCUUAUGAAAAGAUGCUGGGAUCGCAAUCCGCAGGAACGACCGACGUUUAAAGAAGCCUACAACAUCUUCCAUCCUUUCUACAUGGAAAUACUUGAACCACUUGUAGAGGAAGAUUUACUUCAUCUGAAAAAAUCAUAUGAAGGCCCAGACGAUCUUAUUGAGAAGAUGAAAUCUUUAUCAGUGGACCCUGAGUGUUUUUCAGGAGAUUGUCCUGCUCCUUUGAUAAGUUCAGACAGAAAUGUAUCCGUGCCAGUUGAAGCCAGUAUUGAGGAUCUGCACAGCAUGCAAUAUAACCAAUGCGCAGAGCAUCUUCAGACAGAUGCUAAGGCAGUUAGCAUCCCUUCAGAGUUGCAGGAGAAACUCGAUCGGGAGCUUGACUACCACAAACACGGCAGUUAUAAUUGUGAGAACCAGCCUGAUGGUGCCAACUGCUUCCAUACUGCAAGUCCGUUACUGCCAAGCAACUUCAGCAUUUCAGAUCACUCUAUACGGCAACCAGAGCAAGAAAAAUCUUCUGUUCUUUCCUGGACAAAACCUGAGCCGGUGCAGCCCACCAACCAGGAAGACCUUUUUUAUCGCACCCCUGCAGGUGUCUAUGGGACCUCUCUCACACCUACUCCAUCCCACUUGCCCAUGUCUUCAAGCACACCCUCUCUGGCAAUGUAUAACCAGCAACAUCCACACUCCCACUUGGACCGGCAGCAGUCCUGGCCAGCUUACCCAGUGUCUGAUACGUCUGCACCUGACAUCACUUCUGGACAUCUUUUGACUACUUCAAAGAGUUGCCCAGUUCACGAUCAGGGAUCCCUGUACAUUCAGAAUGCCAGUGGGAUUCAGAUCGGAAGCAACAACACAAUGAGCAUCAGAGGUUAUGAGCCAUCUCUUAGUUUGUCAUCUAUAUCUGCUAACAGCUCAGCUAACUCUCCCAUCGAAGAAGGCAUUCAGAAAUAUGAGGACCACGCUGUGACAGAGGAGCACCUGGACCUCCUGAGGGACAACAUAGGGGCCAAAUGGAAGCGCUGUGCACGGCAUUUGGGUCUGACCACUGUAGAAAUAGAGACCAUAGACCAUGAUUACUACCGCGAUGGCCUGCCAGAAAUGGUGCACCAGAUGCUGGAGCGCUGGAAAAUGAAGGAGGGAUAUAUUGGGUGUACAAUUGGGAAGCUUUGUCGAGCUCUAAAAGGAGACGUAAAGGUGGAGGUGAUCCAGAAAAUACUCAACAUCUGCAGUUCAUCUUCCUCACUGGGAUAAACCUCAUAAUUCAACGUGUCUCAUUCACGCUGACUGAUUUGUCAUCUAUGGUGUCAACAAUUAUGAACUCUUCUCAAGGCUCUGAGCCUCACUGAUCAGUAUAAUAGAGGUGGAUUGAACUGAAAACGCAUCACCUCAUCAGAAAUACAUUUUCUGUUUUUCAGAAAUUAUAUCUUGGUCACUUAUGAUAAUCGUAGAACUCACUGUCAGUCGUUGCAAUGCUUUUGUGAUAGUUACGAACUCAAAUAGCAUUUUAAAAUGAUUAUGACUUUUCCUGCCAAGCACAUUUUAAUGAGUAGAAGAUAGUAACAUCGUUAGGGUUAAUGGAAUUUCAAAAUUGUUGAUUUUUGCAUUGCACUAUGUGGUGUCUCUAAAUAUUCCUUUCAGGGUGAGGUGAGAAUUUUAAUGUGAACUGUUUCAAGGUUUGUUUUUUUUACUGUAUUCUCUGUUUGGUAUGAAGAAGCCACUGGGUUUGUGCACGUUACUCUAGCUUUAACAGAAUAAUGAAUUCGUGUACAGGGACUAUCAAAUGGUGUGUGGUAAACAUUUAUCCCAGUCCAACACAAACAUAAUGAUUGCAGUCACAGAACACGUAAGUUCAAUGAGCCUGUGAGAAGCUGAAAACAUUAGCAGUGUCAUAAGGAAAAAGGAAAUGCUAAACCAUGAAACUGCUACUAUUAAUGUGUAAUAACAGUAAAGCAAAAGUGUGCGUCUGUGCCAGUUGACAGUAUCUGCAUGGCAACUAUGUUUUGUUCAUCUUCAUAUAGACUAACUUUUCAGCAUUACACGCACAUUGCACACACACAAAGAAAAAAACUCCAUGCCUCUAUAAAAAAAAAGGUUUUACUUUCAGAAUAA